UUGCCCGUGACGGGUGUACACUGUUCGAUUGCAGGCAGAACUUUCGUAUCACUAGUUAGUUAAUUAACGAAAAUAACGAUUUUUAAAGGUGAUAGUUACUAAAUAUUAGUGUAAAAUUUCUUUGUGUUUUAGUUUGUAUAAGUUUAGUGUGAAGUAUCUGUUAAAUAUUGUAGUGUUUAAUAAUAAGACGUUUCUAAAGUCAUUCCAAAGGCGUGCACCAUGGAUAAGUCAGAGAAAUCGUUUCCGAGAAAUUUCUUAGGUUGGCUAACAUGUGUGCAAGUACUAAACAUCAUGGUGCUGUUGGGCUUCAUGCUGAACUACGCACUCCGCGUGAACCUCACAAUCGCCAUCGUCGAGAUGGUAUACGACGACAACGACAACCGUACAGCUAUUUUGAAUGUUACAGAUUCACUUAAUGUCACAGAGCAUCCAGAGCACAUCGAACAGACGCGGUAUCAUUGGGAUACAAAACAGAAGAAUCUUCUGUUGGGCUGUUUCUUCUGGGGUUAUGUACUCACAGAACUACCAGGUGGUAGAUUGGCGGAGCUCAUUGGUGGCAGGAGGGUGUUUGGCUACAGCACGCUCUUUGCCAGCGCCCUAACACUCGUGACUCCUGGUGCUGCUGCGAUAGGCUUCGGUUGGGCCGUAGCGGUUAGAGUUCUCCUCGGCUUCUUCCUCGGUGUCACAUGGCCAGCGAUCCUGCCGAUGGCCUCGAAAUGGAUCCCUCCAAAUGACAGAUCUAAAUUCAUGUCCAACAUGAUGGCGUCGUCACUGGGUGCUGCCAUCACGAUGCCGAUCUGCGGUUUCCUCAUUGCACACUUUGGAUGGGAGUCGGCUUUCUACUUCACUGGUCUCAUUGGCGCUAUAUGGUCGCUGGCCUGGUUCGCAGUGGUGUACGAUACACCAGCAGAUCACCCUCGGAUCACCGAAGAAGAAAAAAACUACCUCAUGGAAGUUCUGCCUAAAGACAACACAAAGAAGGGACAUUUACCAGUUCCAUGGCGGAGCAUGCUGACCUCGCCGCCGGUGUGGGCCAUCAUCUUCACGCACGGAGCCUCGGUCUUCGGAUACUUCACUGUAGUCAACCAGCUGCCUACCUACAUCGAGAGCAUCCUCCAUUAUAACAUUAAACAUAAUGGCCUCCUAUCCUCUCUGCCGUACUUGGGCAAGUACUUGUGCGCAUUAGCGUCGUCGGUGCUGGCGGACUCGCUGCGCCGCACUGAGAAACUCUCCACCACCGCCACUAGGAAGCUGUUCACCGGCUUCGCUGUUGGCUUCCCAGGAAUAAUGAUGUUGGCUCAAGCGUACUUCGGCGAGGACCGCGUAUGGUCUAUCGCGAUCUUCACUCUGGCGCUGACCAUCAACGGUAUGGUGACAGCAGGGUACCUCGGGAACGGACUCGACAUCGCGCCCAACUUUAGUGGAACAAUAUUCGGCUUGGCGAACACGCUCUCAUCAUUUGGCGGAUGGCUGUCGACAUUUAUGGUCGGGGAACUUACCAAGGAAAAUAACACCGUGGAACAAUGGAGAAUAGUGUUCUUCAUUCUUGCUGGAACAUACAUCUUUGGGGCGGUGACCUUCGUCACCUUCGGAUCUGGAGAACUUCAGCCAUGGAAUUCGCCAGAGGAGGAAGUGGCCAGGGAUGAACAUGAGGUGGAGCCGCUGAACGAGGAGAAGGCGUGAGGAUCUUAUGAGGAUUUAAAGACAGGCAUGUCAGUUGUAAAUAAUAUUGAACAGGGAAAUGUUAAGACUGUUAAAUUAUUAUAAAAAAUAAAUUUAAAUUCACAUCCUUAGAUGAGAUGCUUUCAGAUACUUUUCAAUCUAAUCACGAGGUCACGUGAUCGGAUCCAUUUCAAUCUAAUUAUGAGGUCACGUGGUUAAAUUUUCAAUCUAAACAUGGGCUCAAAUUCUUUUUAAUGCCCCCACGAAUUCACGUGAUUCUUUUUAUUUAUAUAGUUUUUUUUUAAUUCAUCAAAAAUAUUCUUCUUCAAAGGAUAUAAUGCGAUUGUAUCCUAAUAUUUUUGUGUAUUGAUAAAUUUAUAAGUAUAAUUAGUAAAUCACGGGAUCUUGGAACUCAAUAAAAAUAAAACGUGGUAAGAUCCCGUGAUUUACUUAUAAAUAAUGACCGCGUCAAACUUAAAAUAGUAUAUUGAUA